AUGAAGAUAGUGGAGCUUUUGAUCGAGCAUGUUCGGGCUAACCCCGUAUUAUACGAUUCGACGAACCGGGAGUAUCGGAACCAGAAUGCACGGAAGGAGGCUUGGGACGAGAUUGGAGAAAAACUUGGCAUGCCUGGCAAUGAUUGUAAAGAGGCUUGGAGUAAGCUACAGAAUGCGUUCAGCCAAGUGAAGCACCGAAGAGCCACCAAAUCAGGCCUGGCAGCCAAAAAUUUGCCGAAGUUGAAAUUUGGAACUGAGAUGGCAUUUUUAAAUCCAACACUUAUCUCGAGGCAGAUGUGUGGAAAUGUGGACAACACUUCUACAGAAAAUCAUCCAGAAACUGCGAAUACGGCAAUAGGAAUAGAGGCGGAAGAGGAUACCGCGCCUAGAAUGGAUUCCCUAUAA